GCGCAAUCACGACCAUGACCGACGCGAUGGCAGCCAAGGCGCGCCAAGACGGCAAAGCAGCCGGCAGUCCCAGCUCCCGACAGUACAGUACGGGCAAGCCGUCGUUGGUUGGUCUUCGGCAGGACAGUCCCAUCUCAUCACCGCCUCGAGCCUUCGCCAUACAAGGCAGUGUCAACCAAGCUAGCGGAACACAUCCCAUCAGCAGUGGCAAUGUGAAUGGUAUCGUCGCGUCUCCUACGAAGAUAGCGGGUACCAGUCCCUCCCGUCCUCCUAUCAUUCACUUUCCCAUCGACAUUGGACCCACUCCCACCACCCCCUUGUCGAAGCGCAGAAGCAGAAUCCGUCCUCGCAAGUCGGCAGCCCCAGAGCCCCCCCUCCUCCAUCCCAUCUCGGUCGUCCAGCUAUCGCCAUCGCUCUCAAAUGCCCUGCCGUCGUUCGGCUUGCUGUCGCUCGACGACUGGCUUGCCACGUACGAGCACGACGCGAUGCAGUUUGAAUCGUUGGGGGCGUUUGCCGAAAUCAAGCUGCAAGAAGCGCUUCGGCUUUGUUCCAAGUUUCCGCACCCCAUGAAUCGAUUCCGCGCCGCGGUCGUAUGCAACUUGCUCGAGCGCGUGGCGUUUGCCCUAGCAACGUCCGACACGUUCAAACGAUACCAGUGGAGCAUCUUUGCCCUCCGCGACGAGUUGCUGCGCAUGAUCUUGUCGGACCUCGCCGACGACGACGUCGUAGCGUCGAAGGACACGCACACGCCCCGCGCCAUCAGCUUUUUUAUCCAGAAAAUGCCUUAUUUUAUUGAACUCCGCCUUGAAAAUGACAAGAAAGACCAAGAUUUCAACAAACAUCAAGCAGUGCUGCAAAAGCUGAUCCAGUCUAUGUUCAAAAGUAUCGGGAGCGUGUUCCAGGCGUGGAAAAUGUUUGCCAAAACCAAGCGCGAGGACCGAUUGAGCAAAAAAGCAGCCAAAAUCACGAGCACGAUCCUCGCCAAGCGCGGGCAGGGCCGCCUCGCGUUCCUCUCGUGGGCGCGGUACUGUCUGCAAACGCGCGUGAAAAAGCUGCGCUUCAAAGAAGUGCAAGUGGAACGAGAGCAUAUGCUCCGGAUGGGCGACCUGAAGAAGCAAUUGAGUCAGUCCAACGACGCGAUUGCGCAUUUGAAAGCGGAAGUACACGUGUUGCGGACGGCCCAAAACAAGGAAACAGGGGACCAAGUGAUUUUGGAAGAAAUGCAAGACGACGAAGGGGACGACGACAUUGAUAGCACCACGACGAGGCUCAACAUGUCCUCCAGCAACUCGUCGUCGUUUCGGCGAUGACUGACACACACCUGGCAUGCCUGAUGUAGCCACGGUAGUAUAGUUCUAUAAGACCGUGGAUCCACGCGUGAUUCCAUAGAGACUGCCGUAUCAACAGCUAUCUAACUGUGUAGUCCAACAUAUAUGACGUGGGAUUACCAUCCAAGUGCC